AUGGCCGACUGGUCCAAUCUUCACCAAGAUGUCCUAAACCUCAUCGUCUCUGAGCUCUCCCUACACGAUCUCCUCUGUUGCACCAUUGUAUGUGGCACAUGGUUACGCACCAUUCGUGAUCUUCGUCGAUACUGCUCCAAGCUUUGCCACCAAAGCCCUUGGCUCGCAUUUAGUGGUAGCGGUGAUGACAUAGGUAGUGCCACUGAUGACCCCUCCGCUGCCCACUUCUUUAGCCUCUCAGAGCAGAAGGUGUACACCAUCCCCCUCCCACAACCUCCGAUUCGUAAUCGCCUCUUUUUGGGUUCCUCCUAUGGGUGGUUGAUCACCAUCGAUGAGUGUUUCAAGGUGCAACUAUUGAACCCCAUUAGUGGUGCACAGAUCAACCUCCCCUUCAUCCUCACACUCGAUAACAUCGGAUCCUUCCGCGACAUAUGGGGGCGCAUAAGAGGCGAUGUCAAUGAUCUCAUCCAUAACCAAUAUCCAGGGGAAGGGAUUCCUAAGCUCAAGUUCAAGGCCAUGCUAUCGUCAGACCCCUCACGAGGAGACUAUAUUGUUACACUCAUCCACUACCCCUAUGGGGGCAUCUCCAUUGCUAGAUCUAAUGACAAUAAGUGGACGACGAUGUCAUUUCCUGAUUUCUAUGAAGAUGCCAUCUUCUAUAAAGACCAACUCUAUGCAACAUUUUAUGGAAGGAUAGACAUUUGGGAUGAUCUCAAUCAAGAGUGGAAGAUGGUGGUGCCUGAGCCGGAGGUGGAUGAAAUUGAGCCCUUCAACAUUCCAUUUUGGUUGCUAGUUCAGACUCCCACGUGUGAUCUCCUCCAAGUUCGGGGGAACAUAGUCCCAAUAGCGCAGCAUGAUAAUACUAAAAUUGAAGUUCCACUUAUGAUAGUUGAUAGAUUGGACAUCAAAAAUGGCACCUCCUUACAGGAAUAG